CGAUUCCCUCCCUCACUUCUUCUUCAUCUUCCCUCCUCCACCCCACCGGAAUUCCGAUCAAAUAUCCACCCGCGCUACAUAUACCGCGCGCCAUUUCACCGCUCUACCGCCAUCCACCGCCCCGCGACUGCGACCGCAGCCGCACCAUGCUCAAGGCGCUCAACCCCACGCCGAUCCGGCUCCGCCCGGCCUGCCGCGCCCCCUCGGCGCGACGCAGGGCUGCGGGUGGCCCGCGAAGAGCGAUCCCGCAGCAGCCCCCCGUGCGCCGGCCUUCCGGCGACCGUUGCGUGCCGUGGCGCGGCGCCGAGCCCGCGGGUCCCGCUUCGGCGCCCGCGUACCCGGUCGUCGCCCCGGCCCCAGGCGCCGGGUCCAGGGCCGAACUGGAGGCGUUCUUGGAGGUGGUGCCGGCGAGGAUGCGGCGGGAGCUGGCGCUGCACCCGGAGGUCUGGGACCUGGUGGAGGUCGUCAUGGACCUCGGCCGCCGCCCGCUCGCGCGGUUCCCAUCCGGGGACUGGGUGAUCUCCGACCAGCCCGUCACUGCCGAUGACCUCCGUCAGGCCGUCUCCAAGGUAGGCAAUUUCUCCGAGGACAACCGAUCCGGGAUCAACCACUCGUUGCACCGGAUCAGCGCCAUCCGAAACAGGAAGGCUCACAUAAUUGGUCUCACCUGCCGUGUCGGACGAGCUAUUUCUGGCAGCGCAGAGAUGAUCCGGGAUUUGGUCGUGGGAGGCGGCUCCAUAUUGGUCAUUGGACCUCCUGGAGUAGGGAAGACUACUCUCAUCAGGGAAAUAGCUAGAAUCUUGGCAGAUGAGGGUAAGAAACGUGUGGUCAUAGUGGACACAUCUAAUGAAAUAGGAGGUGAUGGGGACGUGCCUCAUUCUGGCAUUGGCCGUUCUAGGAGAAUGCAAGUUCCUAAAGUUACCAUGCAGCAUAACGUGAUGAUUGAGGCCGUUGAAAAUCACAUGCCCGAAGUUAUUGUCAUCGAUGAGAUUGGUACAGAACUCGAAGCAAUGGCAGCCAGCACCAUUGCUCAAAGAGGUGUUCAACUUGUUGGAACUGCUCACGGGGUCACAAUUGACAGCAUAAUUAAAAACCCUUGCUUGCAAAUGCUUGUUGGUGGGAUUGAGAGUGUCACUCUUGGUGAUGAAGAAGCAAAGAAGCGCAAAGUUCAGAAAACAAUUCUGGAGAGAAAAGGGCCCCCAACAUUUUCAUGUGCUGUUGAGAUGGUAUCGAAGACUGAAUGUCGAGUGCAUCACAAGUUAGAAACUACAGUUGAUGCUAUUCUUGCAGGUAAGCCUCCUAAAUUUGAAGCUCGCAUGAUGGGUAGCAAUGCCGCUGACUCAGGGGGAUCUUUGGUGAUACCUGACAAAGAGAGUAAAACAGAACACAUGCCUUCGUAUCUGCAACAACUGGUCGGUAGGGCAAUCAAAUCAGAAGAUAAAUUCGUUGAUGAUGUUGGUUCCUCCAGGCAGACAAUAAGCAAGGGUGUACCAUCAGACGACAAUGUCGAUGGUGAUUUUGGUUCUGCAAAGAAAGCAAAAGGAAAAACAUUUGUGGCUGAAAGGGCUCCAGUCCGUGUGUACACAUACCAGGUUUCAGAAUCUGAUAUCUUGCAAGUGGCAACAGUGAUGGGUUUUGAAGAUGAAUUAGACAUAACAGAUGACAUUGGAGCGGCCAAUGUGAUUCUUGCAUCAAGAUCUGAAAUGAAGCUGAACCCAUGGAUUCGUAAUGUUGCCAAAUACCACAAGCUUCCCAUAUUUGUCGUUAAGACAAAUACAAUGGCUCAGAUAGUAAAGGCUGUCAAAAUGAUUGUUGGAAGAGACGAACUUAGUGCACCAUCACGCAAGCAACCUAAGGUUUUGGAAGGAGAGAUAGAGAUUCAAGAUGAUGCUCCAAAACGGAAGCCAUCACUGGAGGAAAUCGAUGCGUUGGAGGAGGCCCGGCUGGCAAUUGAAUAUAUUGUCAUUCCAGGUGGGGAGCCCGUUGAACUCCUCCCAAGGUGUUCAGAAAUAGUUGCUCGUCAGCUGGAGCUUGUUGAGAGCUACCAGCUACUUGCCGAAACCUUCGGAACUGACCCCAAUUCAAGGUUGCAAAUUCUUCCAGUGAAAAUAACCAAGAAGAGUUCAACUCAGGGCGCUCAGGAACCUAAGUCCACAAAGAAAAAUGGCUCAGAUCUAAUCGUGAGCGAGAAUGGUGGCGGCUUCAGCUUCUCUCGGCUGCCCUUUCUGCCAAAGUGACACCAUAGUUUGACACUCUGAUCACCAUCGCCGAAUGUACAUCAUUCUUCCCGCUUCUUCUUCUUGUCGUUGUUGUUGUACAGCGCUGUGCACAGUGGUGUAAAUAGUGUUGACUGCCGAAGAAUUGAAAGAGCAACCCUAAUUGUAAUUGCCUUCCAUUCUUUUACAGAAAUGAAGUCCCCCAAAUCAUGUAAACUGUAAAUUCUGUAUAGCUAAAUGGAGCAUUCAAUGUGAUCUGCUAA